AGAAAUAAACAGUUAUUUUACCUAGAAUACUAUUGAAUUUAUGAAAUUAUGUUAUUGGUUAUAUGAAUUCGAUGAAAAUCGAGAUGCUCGUUCGUUCGAUGACCACGAAUAACACUUAAGAAUAAGAAGAAGAAGAAGAAGAAGAAAAAGAAAAGGAGAUAUUACGUGGACAGAGACGACUAGAAUUUAAAUGUGACUUUUAAGGUCAUGCGUAUACAUUAAAAAAGGGUAGAGCAGAGUCACAGAGAACUCAGAACGGUUUUAGACAUGGCAUCGUGCGUUAAGUACCUACUUCUUAUUUUUUCUUCCGUCGUUGUGCUCGCGAGAGCAGACGAUCGCGUGCAUUUCAACGAUGAACACGAGAAACGAUGGAACACACCACCAGAACUGACACCGGAGCAGGUUACCAGGAAAAAGGCAGAGACGAUAAAUGGAAGAGCUGAGGCACGAUUUCUUCCAUUCAGUGCGAGCUUCAACAUAAACGCUGGCCAGGACAAUAGCGAGACUUUGCAAUUGGGAGCUGGCCUCGGGGGUAUCAGUGUAUCUCAGAGUUCUAGUUUCUCUCAGGCUGCAGCCAAUUCCUUCGGGAAUACAGGAUCUUCGUUAUCUGCUAGUCAAUCCUCGUCGUUCGCUGCAGGAUUGACAGGAAUUUCUACAUCAGACGCUAAUUCGUUCAACGUAAACCAUCCUGUAUUUGGUGGACAGUCAAAUUCAAAUAGUAAUUCAUUCAGCGUUGGUCAAGCAAGUGCUUCCUCUCAAGCAAACGCACAGAACGGUCAGGCAAGUUCUGGUUCGCAGGCAUCAAUCGGUUCCGUGCAUUCUUCGGCAUCUACCGGUAGCAACGUGCAAGUUCUCUCCGAUGGUUUGAUACUAGGACAACCUCAAGGUCUAAGAAAACCAGUCUGGACCAACAUCGGACCUAACCAUGAUUUCCCUGGUCACCCAAUUUCCAACAGACCAACAUUAACCAUACAAGAAGCACCAAUCACCAAUGGACAAAAACGACCGAUAACGUUAACAUUAGGUGGCUACGAUUCACGCUGGCAACAAAGUAGACCACAACUUGAAACGAACGAAUGGUAUCCUAACGGGGGAACCAACUUUCAAGGACAUCAGUGGAGGCCACAUUCAAAGCACGAGUACGCUCAAGGCUAUCCGUCGAUUCCUAACUCGUGGUCGCAGGGUCAAGGACAGUCAAGCGAUGGUUUGCACAUCGCCGUAGGUUCUGCUAAUUCCGGUGCCUCCUCGAACUCCGGAGCUCAUGCUCAGGGAUUGGUUACUUCGGUUCAUCGAAAUCCUUAUAGACGAAACGAAGGCAACUUUGCUAAUGUCAAUUCCAUGAAUCAAGGUGGACUAUCUGUGGACUUUGUCAAAUUUCCUGGACAAACUCAUAUUCAAAGUAUACCACGAGAAUUUGUCAGGAGCAAACAAGCGUUCAAUGGCAAACGUCGAAUAAAAGAAACGGAUGUUGUUGAAGGUAUCGUAUCGGACAUCGCGGAUACGGUGUCGGAUUUGUUAGAUAUUUCGUAAUUUCAUUCUUUUUGAUCUGCCGACAAUAUUUUAGCAAUAGCUCAUUCAUUUGACUCCCGAUCGUGUAGCGUUCGAUAGAUGAUUAACGAUCUGUUCAUUAUUAUUUCCUUCUCAACGUUAUCCUUAUUCCAGGACGCAUUCCAAGAAAUUGAUCCACGUUGAGAUAUACAAAGAAUUAUUUAAUAUUCUCAUAAAUCUCACUGCGCAGGGAUUAUUUAUCGUGGUAUCACGUGCCAUUGCGUUAAACGCUCUUUAAUUAAAAAUAUGACGAACUGCGCCUACAAUUAUUUAUAUUCUAUGAAUCAAAGUGUAUUUUAGUAUUUUUAUGGACAAGAAAGUCAAGGAUUUUCGUAGAUCGACGAUUAACAAUGCGCCGAGUAUCAAGAAAUUUUAUUGAUUGUCCCAUUUACGUCACUGCCAGAUGCGUCAGUUCCGGCGUUUAAAUAGGUGAAGGUCAAAGUGCACAAUCAAUGAAAUGCAUAAAACAUAAAAAACAGCAGCACCAUCUUUCAAAGAUGAUCUAUCGAUCAUUGAAGAUUAUUUACGAAAGAUAAUAUUGUUCACGCUUCUAUUAACUGAUGGUACAAAAGAUUUCCUCCUUAACAACUGUAAGUUUCUUUAUCGACAUAGAUAAAAUAGACACAAAAAAUUAUGUGGCAUAAAAGAAACUAAAAAUAUCAUCCAAAAAAAUUACCUAAACUUUUACUCAUCUCUGAUUUGCGUUAGUACCUUUCAUUAAAAAGUACCGAAUACGUGAGAAAAAAUUGCAAUAUGAAUUUAAAUUAGAAUUUUCCCAUUAGACCAAUCGAUGACAUAAUAAUAACAACAAUAAUAAUAAUAAUAAUAUUAAUAAUUAUAAUAAAAUAACCAACCAAGGGGGACAUGGUAAGUCCGUAAUUAUAUUACAACGAGAAGUACGGACGGUUUAUUAUUAGUAUUAUUAGACAAUCUAUAAUUAUUAUCGGAACGUAAAAAACGUCAUACGUGCACAGUGCCCAUUUAUACGUGCAACAAACGAUUGACUGAAAAAUAAAAAGUUGAUUACAGGAAACGUGAUCGCUACACUCGCAGUAAUCAGUAUCUAUGAAUUUUUCUUUCGAUAAUUCGCGAUGUUUUGAUAGGGGAAGUGCGAGUGACUAACAACAAACCAGUACGAAUUCAGAAAAUCCCCGAUCAAUUACUAAAUACUAUGGAAUUAAUUAUUCGUAUGGUCUAUAAUAAAAAAACAAAUAACGUGUUAUAUUUGCAAAUCUCACAAAAGAGAAUUCAUAUUUUAAUUUAUUAUUUAUUUAAUCCAAAUAAUAUAUAAAGUAAAAAAGAAAAAGAAAAAGAAAAAAAAAAGGAUAGAUGUAUAAAGUAAUUAAUUUUAAUGAAUCUAAUUGAUACAAUGCCAAAAUAAAAGUAAGAUGACCCUUUUUCAUGGUCGCGUUACAUGGUUUGAAUUAUUGACUCGAUGACUUUUAUAGCUUACAUACUCGUAGCCAUUAAGUAACCACGUUAACGAUCUCGACCGACGUGCUGUACUACCCACUCGAUGGACACCAUAUCUCAGAUUUGUAAACGAUAUAGUUCCCUUUGCGGUUGCCCGAUGAAACGAAUCGACGAUUGGUAGAUAAUAAGAAGAAAACGUCCUUUAUGAAAAUAUCUAUGUAUAAGGUGGAAUAUGCAAAAUGAUUGUGACUAACGAGUUCUUAAGGAAAAAAAUGAAGGAACAAAUAAAAAUUAAACAAUUGGUGAUCUAUUCGUCCCUCUCCUAUAUAUACCUCACUCAACGAGGAGGAUCCUCUUCGAAGGAUUAUUAUUCUUCCAUCUGACCUGAACAGCAAUGGUCAAGGAUAAGCUGGAUUAACGUCCCUCUUCUUCGCGGUAAGAAAAAGACAAAGAGAGAGUGAGGAAGAGAGAGAGAGAGGGGGGGAGAGAGGGGAAAGAUGAACGAGGUUACGAUCGUUACUGUCAUCGGCAUUGCUUUCAAAUCUCAACCGAGUUCGUAUAUAGGAACUGGCCAAUGAUCUCACACUUUUUUCCAAGUAACAGGAUUGCGCAAACUAUUUCGAAGAAAUGUAAUUAAGCUCUACGUAAAAAUGAUUUAGGGUUGUUGUUGCAGAUUUAUCUCGUGACGAAAAAUAGAUUUAUGUAACAUGAAUUUU